GGUUAGCGCUCAUGCGUUGGAGAGAGAAAGUGACAGGGUGACGCGUGUCGUAGCUUCUGACACAGUUAAAAUUGACAAUGACAGUUACGCCACAAACAAUAUCGAAAAUUCGAAUCAAAUCUUGUUCUAAUUGUGUUUUUUAGUUAAAACUAGCGUUUUAAUGUAUUGGUUUACAAAAUGCCCGCGUCGAUUGGAGUUAAUUUGCGUGUGACGGGGCACUGUCGUCAAGGGGGCAGGAAAUACAUGGAAGACUUCUUUUCAGUGGCUUAUCAACAAACCGAAGACGAGCGAGACUUAGAGUAUGCCUUUUUCGGGAUUUACGACGGACAUGGGGGCGCCGAGGCCGCCGCCUUUGCUAAGGAGCACCUCAUGGAGACCAUAAUCAAACACAAGACUUUCUGGUCGGACAACGACGAGGACGUCUUACGGGCCAUUAAAGACGGCUACAUUGCCACACAUUACGCCAUGUGGAAGGAACAAGAAAAGUGGCCCAGGACGGCGUCGGGGCUCCCUAGUACGGCAGGGACCACAGCCAGUGUGGCUUUCAUACGCAGGGGCAAAGUUUACAUCGGACAUGUGGGGGAUUCAGGGAUUAUUUUAGGGUAUCAAGAGGAGGGCUCGACCGAGUGGAGAGCAAAGCCCCUCACGAGGGACCACAAACCCGAAAAUUUGGACGAGAUGACGAGGAUUAAUCAGUGUGGCGGGAAAGUUGUCUCGAAAUCAGGGGUGCCCCGCGUGGUGUGGAACCGACCAAAGAUGGGCCACCAGGGCCCCGUUCGUCGCUCCACCCCCAUCGACGAGAUACCCUUUCUGGCGGUGGCACGAAGUCUCGGUGAUUUAUGGUCGUACAACUCGCAAAUCAACCAAUUUAUCGUGUCCCCUGAUCCCGAUUGUGCCGUCUUCACCAUCGACACUUCAAUCCAUCGGUGUCUUGUUUUCGGUACAGAUGGUCUUUUCAACAUGCUCAGCCCCCAGAAUGCCGUUCAUAUCGUCCAACAGGCCGAACGUCACAACGAAAACGCCGCUCUCAGCGACUCCAUCAACAAAACGUGGCUCAAUCCCAGUAAACUCCUCGUCGAGAAGGCGCUCGAAAGGUGGCACAAUACGAAAAUGAGGGCUGAUAAUACGUCAGUGGUGACGUUGAUGUUGGACCCGCCGGGGCCCCCAAGAGCGCAAGUGUUGAAAAAUCGCAAGAAAAACGCAUAUCCUGAUAGUGGUUUGGAAAUUAUGACUCGGUAUGAGGAAAUCGUCACGAAGUUGAAAGAAGGGGAGGGGAGUGAUGAUCAUGUGACUGCUCCGCCCACUCUAUCGACCAAUGAGGAUGCAGAGGCGAGUUCAGUGACGUCGAGUGAGGUUACGUCGAAUUGUUUUCCGUUGAAAGAACGGAAUUUUGCGUCGAAACCGCGCGAAAGUACGAGUUUUGAUCCGAAGGAAGUUGAGGAUAAGGAAAAUAAGGAUGAGUCGAUUCAGAUUAAUGAGAUUUCGUCGAGUUCGAACGAAUGUGAUGAGAAUUCGAAUGAGACGCCGAUACAUAAUUUGAGGAGUGGGAGUAAGGGGAGGGUGGUGAAGAAGUGUGAUGAUGGGUUGACGAAAUUGAGGAAGAGUAGUCGAUUAGCGCACGAGAAGAAGACGGCGAGUGCGUUGAAGGGUAAGCUAACGCUGGCGCAAAGGAUACUCAGGAGUAAAAAGAUUUCGAUUAAGAAGAAGGUGCAAGUGGCGAAGAAGAGAUUAAUUAAAGCGAAAACAAGUACAAAGAAGAGUGCGAGGAAGAGUCUUCGGAUUAGUACCACGAAAGGUGUAAAGUCGAAAUCGCCCCCCAAAUCAAUGCCAAAAAGGAGCGACGUGCAAAAAAAUCGCAAUCGAAGAUUGCCACGUAAGAAUUAAACCAUUGAUGGUUAUUUUUAGUUUUAAUUUUUAUUACUAAGAUGGAAAACAUCUGCGUGAUUUUUUAUACAUAUUAUAGUUUUAUUUUUUUCUUCUCAAGUGUUCGCAUAAGUUUUAGUUUUGUGUUAUUAUUGCGGAACCUGUUAACUCUUUAGUUUUUUUUUUGUGUCAUGGAAAGACUACUAAAACAUAUUUUGUGCCUUUGUUACCAAAUGUUGGAAAAAAUAAAUGUGUUAAUAAACUU